AUGUCAUCUACCGUACAAUCUAAUACUUUUUUACCGGGUGGUAUCGGUAGUCUUUAUAAUAAUAAUCUCGCAUUAGCACCGCCAUAUAUUUUCGUAAUUAUACUCGGUAGUCUGAUAUUCAUUCUCAUUGUCAUAAUUAUUAUUCGAGAAAUUCUUACGUCUCGUGGUAUACUGAAAGAUUGUUGUAAUUUUCAAGGAGCUGGUGUUCAAUGUUUGGGUUGCCAAGAAUGUUGUGCAUCAUGUGCUGAAACAUGUGAUUGUUGUCAUACAACAUCUAUUGAAUCAUGUUUUGAUGCAUGUUGUCCAAAACGCGGAUCACUCGAAUUUGCUGAUAUUAUUACAUGUGAAGCAUGUUGUGGUGGAAAAGGUUGCAAUUGUUGCGGAUUUGAUUGUGUUUGUGCACCGACGGAUGUCAAUAUAAUUAUGACGUCAUUCAUGGAAGAUUAUUUUCGAACAGCUUUAAGUAAAGAAUUAGCAAUCGCACCACCAGAACGUGAUCAUGAACAUUUAUCAUCAACUUCACGAUUGUUAGAAAAACAACGUGAAGUUACAGAAGCCGAAGCAUUAUUAGCUAAUCAAAAAGAAGAAUUUAAAUUAAAAAUGCAAAGUUUAAAAUUACGUCGUGAAAAAUUAAAUACAAAAGAACAUGAAUUACGUGAAAGUUUAGCUAAUUUUGAAAAAUAUAUCAAUGAACUUGAUUCCAAACGAAUGCGAGCACUUAAACGAGCACAAGAUGAACGUGAACUUGCAUCAGUCAAAGAUAAAGAUAUUGAAAAAUUACAAGCUGAAAUCGAUGAUUUAAAACAAAAAAGAGAAGAAUUAUUAGCUCGUAUUGCUAAAUAUGCUAAUCAUAAUAAAUAUCUUGAAAAAACUGUUGAAACAGCUGAUGAGUUUCAAGAAAUUCGUGAAUUAAUCGAUCGUUAUACAACAUUAAAAACAAAUAAAGAAUCUUUAUUGGAAAUUCAAAAUCAACGUGAAGAACAAUUAGAAGGUUUACGUCGAAAACGAGAAGCAUUUAUACAAAAAAAGAACAAUGAAAUAUUAAUAUUAAAUAAUCGAAUUGGUGAUUUACAACGUGAACUUGAACGAGUUGAAAUUGAAGCAAGAAGUGCUGAAAAUGAAUGGAAUUUUAUUCAAACAACAGCAGCUGAAAAAACAUUACUACUUGGCAAUGUUAUCUUAGCUGUACGUAAUUUACAACAACUUGUACGUCAUCAACAAAAAGUUGAUAAAGAAGAAGAAGGUGGUGAAACUGAAGAUCCCAUACAAAGAGUUCGACAACAAAUGGAUAAAGUUCAUAUGUUUAUUCAUGAUUUUACGGCAAUUACAAAUGAAAUGAAACGUUCUGAACAAGCUAAAGCAAAAAUCAGUUAA